AUGGUUUAUAAUUUGAGCGCGGCUGUCCAAGACGGUCAAUCAUCUGACCCGGAUUCCUCAGGUAUUCAAAGUUACGGCUCUUCUGCAAGCAGUUAUAUUCAGUCUGCCCUGGGCAAGGAUUCGGACCAAGAUUCCGGCCGCCUCUCAAUUCCUGAUUCGCUCAGCCAAUGUUCCUUUACAGAUACCGUAUCUGCUUGGGAUACUUCCAUUAUUUCACUAUCACCGACCACUUCACACUUCAAUAUCCAUACAGGCGUCGUCGACACAGAGGAUUCUUUGCCCAGUGAAGUCAUCAAGUCAACUAAACUCAGCCCAGAGAAAACAGUUCCAAAGAAACAGAAGUUAAAACAGAAGGUGAAAUCUCUUAAAGAUAAACUGAUGGGGGGUACGAAACCAACUCCGGAAUCCUUUAAUGAAACUGUUUUAUCAAUACCACCUGACAAGACUGUUCUUCAAUGGGUCACAGUAAGUACAGAUUUUACUUAUUUCAUCGAUUUCUUUUUAAUCAUUUCUUCCCAAGCCGUCAAUCUAUUACUGCGCUGA